AUGAAACGAACGAUGAUCAGAUUGCGGGAAACUGUUUUUAUACGACACUUGGCAAGAAUAAACACGCACUCGUCGCUUCACGAGAAAACUGGCGGGACAUUCCUGAAAGAACGAACUUCAGCCUCGACAAUAUACGCACUAUCCUCUGGACAAGGAAAAUGUGGAGUAGCCGUUAUAAGAGUUUCAGGCAGCAAAGCAUCCAAAGCUAUUGAAAAAAUGACCAAAGUUAAAACUCUUCAGCCAAGAAAAGCUCAUCUAAGCCAAAUAAUUGAUCCAGAGACCAAAGAAGUUAUUGACAGGGGAUUAUGUUUAUGGUUUCCAGGUCCAAAUUCUUUCACUGGAGAAGACAGUGUAGAAUUUCAAGUCCAUGGUGGCCCAGCAGUACUCAGCGGGAUAAUGGAGGCACUAUUUAAACUAAAAUUUGAACCAGCUUCACCAGGCGAAUUUACAAGGCGAGCUUUCUACAAUGGAAAAUUAGAUUUGACAGAAGUCGAAGGUUUAGCUGAUUUGAUACACGCAGAAACGGAACAGCAGCGAAAGCAAGCUUUACUUCAAGCCUCAGGGAGUUUGAGCAAUUUAUAUAAAUAUUGGCACACAGUUUUGUCUCAAUCUUUGGCAAAUAUAGAGGCAUACAUUGAUUUUGGUGAGGAGGAGAACAUUGAAAGCAACGUAUUGGAAAAUUGUAACAAUGAAUUGGAAAAGUUAAGUAAACUCAUUGCGGAACAUCUCAAAGAUGGUCGGAAAGGUGAAAUUUUGCGUAAUGGAGUACGAACUGUGAUAAUGGGAGAACCCAAUGUCGGGAAAAGCAGUUUGUUAAAUAUUUUAGUUCAGAGAAACGCAGCAAUUGUUACCCCAAUCCCAGGCACGACUCGGGACAUUGUCGAACUGAAUGCAAACAUUUCUGGAUAUCCUGUGAUUCUUGCGGACACUGCCGGUGUAGCAAAAUCCACCGAAGACAUUAUCGAAAUCGAGGGCAUCAAGCGAGCUAAAGAUUAUGCCAAAAAUGCUGAUUUUAUCAUCAUAUUGAUGGAUGCUUCUGUUUUCUGCAAAAGUGGCCUAACGAUCGAUCAAUACAUUGAUAAUUAUAUUAAAGACUUACAAUUAGACGAUUCUGUAAUGGAAGAUGAAGGAUUUUCUAAAAAAUUUUUAAUGGUUUUCAACAAAACUGAUCUCGUUGAUGAGCAAGUCAUAAAAAGUCUGCAGAAUCGUGGAAUUACUAUGAUAUCUUGUGCUCAAGAGAAGGGGUUGAAAAAGUUGAUUGAUGUCAUGACUGAACAUUUUUGCAAAAUAUGUGGUAAUCCGUCGCGAGAAAAUCCCACCAUAAGUCAAUCACGAUACAGGAACCAUUUGAAAAAUUGCUUGGAUUAUUUAUUGGAUUAUUUGGACAUGAUUUCUCAGGAAGAAUUUGACAUGGUGAUAGCCGCUGAAAAAAUACGAAGUGCAAUGCGAGAACUCGGUAAAAUUACAGGCCACGUCAGUACUGAAGAUAUUCUUGAUAUAAUAUUCAAAAAUUUUUGUAUUGGCAAAUAAAAACUUAUAAAACUUUAAA